AUGGUUUUGCUGGCAGACAUUGGAACGAAUUUAGCCCUCUCCGUGGCGAUUCUCUUCUUCUCUCGCUUUCUCUGGAAUUAUCUCCGCUCCCCGUUGAAAUCCUUCCCAGGCCCCGCUAGCGCCAGCUUCACCAAUCUCUGGCGAUUGCAAGACGUAUUCAAGGGGCGUUGCGAUAUCACACACAAUGCGCUGCACCGGAAAUAUGGACCAGCCGUGCGUAUGGGGCCGAAUACACUCAGUCUCUCCGACCCGGCUUUGAUCAACCAAGUCUUCACCACAAAAAGUCCAUGGCUUAAGAGUGACAUGUACAAUGUAAACGAUGUCGUUGUCGGGGGUAUGCGUUUGAAGAAUCUGUUCUCCAAUCAGGAUGAGAAGUGGCACUCGACUUAUAUCCGUCCGAUAAAGAGCCUGUACUCUAUGAGCAGAGUUCAAGAUGUGGAACAGAACGUGGAUAUUACCAUCAAUUUGUUGCUUGAUAAGCUCCGAACACACUUUGUGCGCACCGGAAAGCCCUGUGAAAUGACUGAUUGGAUCAACUUCUUUGCUUGGGACGUCAUGAGCCAAGCCACAUUCUCUCAAGACCUCGGGAUUCUCGAAGCUGGAAGCGAUCACCAAGGAUUUGUCGGAAGAUCAAACAAGACACUCGACUACUUCGCAUCGAUCUGCCAAAUCCCCCUCCUAGACAUGCUCUUCGACAAAAACCCCAUUAUGCGCAUCGGCCCCCCAACUUUCGUCUGGGCCAACAUCUUCAGCGUCGAACAGCUUCAAAAACGCUACCUCCAAGGCGCCCAAGCAGCCAAUAACACCGACUUCCUCUCCAAAUUCCUCGAGAUCAAAGAGAAAAGCCCCGAGCUAGUCGACGACAACACCGUAAUCCUCUACCUGCUCUCCAACGUCCUAGCCGGCAGCGAAUCCACCGGGGCCUCCAUGUGCGCCGUGAUCUACUACGUCCUCAAGAACGAAAACGUUUACAAGAAACUACGCGCCGAGCUCCGUGUCGCUAACCUCUCCCUUCCGGCUAAAUGGAAAGACAUCCAGGGCCUGACGUAUCUUGAGGCUGUGAUGCGCGAGGCGAUGCGCAUGCACCCUGGCGUGGGUCUGAUGCUUGAGCGGAUCGUCCCGCAGGGCGGUCUCAGCUUGCCGGAUGGUCGGUUUGUGCCUGAGGGUACGGCCGUAGGCAUGAAUCCUUGGGUGAUUAAUAAGAAUGAGGAGGUGUUUGGUGAGAAUACGGAUGAUUUUGUUCCUGAGCGUUGGCUUCAGGGGGCUGGUGAGACGGAUGAGGUGUUCCAGGCGCGGUUCUCGAAGAUGAAGGGGACGGACUUUGGGUUUGGGGCUGGGUCGCGUGCUUGUUAUGGGAGGUAUUUGUCGCAGUUUGAGAACUAUAAGCUCAUUGCGACGCUCUUUAGCACUUUCGAUAUGGAGCUGCCGAGUCAGGAUCACAAGUGGCAGGUGAUCAACUCGUGGUUUGUGCGACAGAAGGACAUUCCUGUUCGCUUGAUGGAGCGGACGGAUGAUCCCGUUUCUGUUUAA